AUGGAUGUUGAUAAUUUAAUAUCACAAGUUUUUAUGAGACCAGCAUUGUGGGACAAGUGUGAUAAAAAUCACCACAAUAGAUUUGUGUUAGACAAGCUGUGGAAUGAAGUUGCUGAAGAAUUGAAAACAAAACAAACUGCAGUCAGAGGCAAGUGGAAAACUUUACGUGACAAGUUUAGAACUGUCUUGGUAUCUAUUCCAAAGCCAAAGUCUGGUGAUGCUCAGGACUGUGUGGACUACACUGGGGAAUGGAAAUAUUACAAAAGUCUCAUAUUUUUAAAAGACCAGUUUACCCCUAGACAAUCGAGUGGAAACUUUGGCGUGACAACUCCUGUACCUUCGCUUGAAGAGUCGGCUGGAGAAGAUAAUGAUUGUGAAGAAGAUUUUGGUGAUUAUUCAGAACUGUUUUGUGCACCAUCUACGGAAAAUUCUCACGAGUCGCGGCUCAGACAUGAACAGCCGAUAACAGCAGAGCGCUACUCUCUACUAGCAUCGCUGCUCUCAUCGUUGCUACGAUCGCUAAUCGCAGCUCCGACAUGA